UGGGCUCAGGCAGCUGGGAUGGAGCAGAAGUGCGCCUGGCGCCGCAGGGCACACAGCUGACUCUCCGCGCCACCACCACUUCGCCUUGCGCCGCCAGACACCGAAGCUGCCUGGACUCAUCGCGCCUGGCGUCCCCGCUCCUCCCGUAGCCCACCCGGUCGGAAGAGGAGCUGCCGGUGCCCCGAAGCACUUGGUCAGACCCAGGAAACUCUUCUCUAGUCGCAUCCAGCUCGGUACCGAGCACCGGAGUAACAUGGUCUGCAAGGUGCUCAUCGCCCUCUGCAUCUUCACCGCAGGACUGAGGGUACAGGGUUCACCAACAGCCCCAUUGCCUGUCUCUCUCACAACAAAAAGUUCAGCACUUGUGGCCACCUGGACUACCUCUGCUCCACACACUGCUAGGGUCACCACCCCUGUAGCCAGUGCCACUCACAACGCCUCAGUUCUCCACACCACUGCCGCAUCCCUGACAUCUCAGCUCCCCACUGACCACAGAGAAGAAGCUGUCACCAGCCCACCUUUGAAGAGGGAUGUCAACAGCACAGACUCCUCACCUGCCGGGUUCCCCUCAACAAGCAGUGAUGGCCACUUGGCACCCACACCUGAGGAACACAGUCUUGGAAGUCCUGAAGCAACUGUGCCAGCUACUGGGUCACAGUCACCCAUGCUCCUGUCUUCUCAGGCUCCAACCUCAGCAACCACAUCCCCCGCAACUUCCCCAUCGGAGUCUCUCUCUGCUUCUGUUACCUCUAGCCACAACUCUACGGUGGCCAACAUCCAGCCCACAGAAGCUCCAAUGGCACCUGCGUCACCAACAGAAGAGCACAGCUCUAGUCACACACCCACUUCCCAUGUCACAGCAGAGCCAGUGCCCAAGGAGAAAUCACCCCAAGACACUGAACCUGGCAAAGUGAUCUGUGAGUCUGAGACCACCACCCCCUUCCUGAUCAUGCAAGAAGUGGAGAAUGCCUUAAGUUCAGGCAGCAUCGCCGCCAUCACUGUGACAGUCAUCGCCGUGGUGUUGCUGGUGUUUGGAGGUGCAGCAUACCUGAAGAUCAGGCACUCCUCCUACGGAAGGCUGCUGGACGACCAUGACUACGGGUCCUGGGGAAACUACAACAACCCUCUCUACGAUGACUCUUAACAAAGGAAGGUGGCCGAGGACAAGAAGUAACGGUCCUUUAUUUAUAAGUGCUUAUCCAGUAGAAUAAUAACAAGUACAUGAUGUACACUGAACGACAAUCGCGAGCCCUCUUUUGUUGGUAUGGUUGUUUUUGUUUUUUCCCCUUCCCCUUCUCUGGCUGCUACUACAGAAUGUCUCCCUUCUGAUACAAAAGAACCAUCUCGGAAAAGCCGGUGGUGGAGGCCGGUUUGCAGCUGACACGGACCAUCUUUGCACUGACCAAGCCAGAUACCAUGAGGUGGGGGCUGCAGAGUCUCCCAUCAUGGAAGCCACUUUGGAAAGGACUGAAGAAAGGGGCUGGGAGUUGCUUGGUGGGGGAUUUAAUUUUAGGGGAUCUUUUGGUUUGGAUUAUUUCUUAACGUUCUCUACAGGAAAUGACAUUAAAUAUCAGUGAGGAGAAAGGAACACAUCCCGGGAGACUACCACUCUGUGUGGAAGGAGCAGGGGCUUCUGGAUUCCUUUUCAAUCCUUGUUUGCCUGGUUGUAUCUGACAGGAUGCCUACUUAGUCCUAUAAGCAGAAAGACCAUUCUGAGCUGCCUAAUUGAUGAAAGAUAAAAGAGGCCGUGCCCAGGAGGAGAGCAGCGGGCAAGGGCAAGGUGGCACAGCAGGCUGUCAAUCAGCAGGCUUUCAACCUGCUCUCCCCACCUAGGCCACUCAAAGGCAGCAGGGAUUCCCAACCCGAUAGCUUUCAAGAAAGUUUCUUCGCCACAAGCAAAGCUGGGAGGUGAGCUUGAAGAGCAGACAGGGAGAGACAUGUGGAGUCUAAGGGAUGGGGGGAGAAGGGGAAGACAAAAGCUUACAUGCACCACCCACCCUCCUGAAGCAAGCAGGAGCCAGCUCUCCAUGGGAGUGGGAGAUAUCUAAAGCUUGGAGGUACCCAUAGAACUCUCGCUCCACACCCAUAAAGCAGCAACUGCUUCACUGCCUUGCUGUUUGUAUUGGAUGAUGGCUGUAUGCUAUUCCAAAAAAAAGUUAAGAGAGGCACGAUGCUAUCUGCAGCACUGGCUUCCAUAGGACGGAGACAUCGAGAACUAUCUGUGUGUUCUCCUUCAUUCUUUCUUUCAAUAAGUGAAUAUUGACCUCCAGGUGUGCAGUCUCAAAUCCUGUACAACAAAUUUUGAGAAGCGAUCGUUCUUCUUUGCCAAUAUCUGCUUCUUCACUUCUGACCCACCAGGAGGUGAUUGUGUAACUCUCACCCCUCCCAUCCCCUACUCCUACCUGGGAUGUCUAGUAGCAUUUUUUUUUAUUGUUACUUUGUUAGUUGGGAGCACCAGUAAGGGGUAGAGACUAUGGAUCCUGCUAAACACCCUGCCUGGCUCAGGACAACCUUCCUACCCAAAGAACGUCCUAGUCGGAAAUAUCAAAGGUUGACACUGAGACCAUUCACUGUAAUGCCCUUGUGAUGGGGGUAGGGGGGACAAACAAACAAACAAACAAAAACCCAUUCUGGCAUCAGGAAGACACUUUCAUUUUUAACAAAGUGAGACAUCAAUUUCUUUCCCCCAAGUGUUCAAUUUGCUGCCUGCUAGGUUGACUUCUGGCUUGUGCUGUUGUUACCUCAUUUAUGUCUGUUUCUCGAGAGCUUGAUUACAGGGCUGCACUGCUGUUCUUUUGUAACCACUGAUGAUGGCACCUAGCCAUCUUGAGUCCUGAUUUCAUGGAGGAGAAAGUAUGUAUCUCAAACUAGGUUGAAUUUUCCUAUGAUGACACAGGGAACAACAAACUAUCCAUUUUCAUUCCUCAGAUCUUCCCACCUCUUCCCCCACUACUCUGCUAAAGAAAAACACUCUCAUAUUGCUAUCUUGAACCCCUCUGGUGUAAAGUCCACAAGCAGGGGUACUUCCCACAACCUACCACCGCAGGCUUUGAAGUAACUCCUUCCUAAACCUCAGAAGUGCCAAAAGGAAAGAUCAGUCCUUAAAGGGAACCUGUAAGCAGAGUGGGUAACAAGGAAUGGGUUUGCAGACAUUAAGAUAUCCCUGAAUAUGAAACACCCAACAGGCAACAGACAGACAGACAGACAGACAGGCAGACAGACCUUGCAAGGGUGUGCCCUCUGAUCACACUUGGCCUUCCUACCCUGACCCCUUCACGGGUCUCUGGUUAGGCAAAAAACAAACCAGUACACACCAGGAUUCUGCGUGUCAUUGUCCUCUGUCCACCAAAAAUCAUUUUUGACACAUGACACAAAGCUUUCUAAUAAACACCUUGGGGGAAGUAUACUUCAGAUAUGGCUUCUGAGGUAAAAUAAAUCCUAGGCCAGAAAAACCAGCUUCCUCCCAAGACCCCUUACCUGUUAGAAACCAGAGACACAGCAAGAAUUUUUUUUUCACCAAAGGAUGCCAUUGUCUAUGAACAUGUGGUUGUCAGUGCUCUGAUUGCCUUCUAAUUGCUUUCAGCAAAACACAGAGCAGUCAUAUACAACAAGGUGACCGGCAGUGUUCCCUCAAAGCUCCCUAGCGUGUUUGUUACUAUAAAGUGUGUGAGUGUGAGAAUGGACUCUGCCAAAUACAUUUUUCUGCUUUUGAAUUGGCCAAAAGGUUUCAGCAUAUUUAUUCUACAAACAUUGCUACACACACACACACACACACACACACACACACACACACACACACCUCUGAAAUAUAUGCCAAUAAUUGAUGUCCUUUACCUCAGGGAGAGUUAGUUCAAGUCUACACAAGGGAAAUUGGUGGUCCCCCUAAGUAGAUCCAAACAAUUGUGCCCCAUCAUGGAUCGGACUGGCCGGAAUGCUUUGGAGAGAAAGUCAGGAGCAAAAAGAGAACUGGAGCCUCUUCUCCAUGGACUGCAAAUGGUCAAAGAAUGGUAGGCAACUAUGCUUUCUUUUCCCAUGGCCCUGAUGGGCCCCUAUCUUCCCUGCACAGCUGUGUCUUCAUUUAUAAAAUGGGGGUGAUGCUUUCAUAGUGGCUUUACCCCUUCCUACCUCACAGAUGUGUUGUGAGGAUUAAUGAAAUUGUGUAUACAGUGUUUUCAGUUUCUGGAGAAAAACUAUUUACGGACAUUUCAAGUAUUAUAUAGAAAUAUAAGUGAUCUCAGUUUCUUACUCACUGUUAUACUGCUGUGCUGUUUUUACUUACUCUGUAAAACUAUGGUUAAUGUCACGGCCACCUCAGAUGGCUAUCAGAGCUCUGAACUUCCCUCCCGCGCACCUGACUGAUGUUGAGUUAGCUGUUCUUGGGACCACAGAGGAUGUCUCCCCUCCAGCUGAAAAGGUGGCCCAGCACACAGGUCUCACAGACCUGCAUCAGGAUCUAGGUUAGCAUGACACACCUGGAUGCCUCAGCACUUCCAGAAGAAGGCCUCUGACUUUCACACUCCGAGGUCUCGGAGGAGUAGAUUAUGAUCUGAUGUCAUCUGCCCUUCGUCUUGCUUGCAAGGGUGCAUGGUUCGAUCCUAUGCAUCUUGAAAAUGAAUUUUGUGAUUGGUCCAGAUGCUAAUUUGCACGUUGAUUCACCUUCAUUGCCUUUAACCUUCUUUUGAGGGCAAAUGGAUGUACCAUUUCAACUUUGAUCUCAGAAGCGUUAGUUUGUAUUGACUCAUUGUCAUGUUGCUCUCUUGGAGUAAAGUUAGCUGACAUCUUUUAAAGAUGGGAGGGUGCGCAACUUCUUUGAUAUUUGAUGACAUCAUAUCUACAUUUGUUGUAAGACAUAUUGCAUACCAAUUAUAACUAUGCCAAUUAAAGUGGUUAAAAGCUUG